ACCAACAGGGAAAAACAACAAAAGAACAGAAAAAAUAUAAAUGUGAUAUGGUCUUUCCAAGUGACAAACAGUACAAGCGGAAAUCCAUAUCACAUGAACGUCUGUACAAUAGAAACAAAACGAUACCUUUAGUAGACCGUGACUCCCUGCUAUUCCAUCUAGAAUGACCGACGUGAUCAAGGCAAGAAACACGCGAGGGAAAGAAUCUCUGAAGAACUUUGACGUCUUGAACUAACUGUCCCCGUCAUUAGGAGCGAGGCCAGAAGAAGGAACGCUUUCUCUCUUCUUCUCCCUCUUCCUCUUCUUCCUUCUUCUCCUUCUUCUUCUUCCUCUGGGACGUGAGGAUCUCGCCAGGAAGGACCAAAAUGUACUCGUUCCUGUGCGGUUUCUCGACGACCAAGUUUCUCGUCCUGGUGGUGCUGCUGGCUGUCUCCCUCCCUGGAAGCGACAGCAUCAAAGUCCUCGAAAUCCAGGUUCCCCCGAGGGUCCCGACGGGGGAAACGGUGCGUCUCGGUUGCCUCUACGACCUGGAGGGGGCAAACCUCUACUCUCUCACCUGGUGGCGCGGCACCGAACAGUUCUACCAGUUCAGCCCUAGUAGCCAGGAGCAGAUGACGGUCUACGAUUCUCCGGGCAUCACCGUUGACCGUAACAGGUCAAGCCGUGACGAGGUCGUCCUCAGAAAUGUGUCUCACGCCUCGGCAGGAAGGUACAAGUGCGAGGUCCUUGCGGAUUUCCCGAGCUACGAGAAGGACUCGCAGAUUACCAGCAUGGAGGUCAUAGUAUCCAUUACGUCGGAUCAAACAGAAACAGAAAAAUGGAUCAUGAGCCUUCUCUGGGGCACCAGCGAGGUUCUGCGUAAUCUACAGUCCUGA